AUGGGGUUGCUGGUCACGACGACAGCAUCUAGCGGUCCGUCUGGGUGUUUCAUCUCCGUGCUGAGCUGCGGUAGCUGCAUCGGUGGCGGUCCAGUUAAGCUGCAGCGACGAGGGUCAGACCGGGCCGCGGCUAAAAUAUCUGAUUUCAAGACGGCAAUCAACGCGCCGCCAAGCAUCGUCGAAAUGCCCCAUACCGGCCAAGCGGGUGUCAACCAGCUGGGAGGAGUCUUCGUCAAUGGUCGACCCCUGCCGGACAUUGUCCGACGGCGAAUCGUCGAGCUGGCGUUGAUGGGUGUCCGACCGUGCGACAUUUCCCGGCAGCUUCUUGUGUCUCAUGGAUGUGUAUCGAAAAUUUUGACCCGCUUCUACGAAACAGGAUCGAUAAGGCCCGGUUCGAUCGGUGGCAGUAAAACGAAGGUAAGUACACUACAGCAUGAAGAAACCUACUUUGCGCCACAAGUGGCAACGCCGACCGUGGUGAAGAAAAUUCUGCGCUUCAAGCAGGAAAAUCCGGGCAUGUUUGCAUGGGAGAUCCGGGAUCAGCUGCUUUCCCAGCGGAUAUGUGACCCCAACACGAUACCGUCGGUGAGCUCGGUGAACCGGAUACUGCGGAACGGCGGCAUGUGGACGGACGAUAUGACUUCGAAUGAACAAAUGCUCCGCGAGUCUUCCCACUCGUCCGCCGCCUAUAUGCAGUCCAAAGCGAUGUCAUCUCACCCUCUGUACAGUCAAACGCUCGAGCAACAUCAAGCCCUGCUCAACCAGUACCGGUACAGUAUGGCCGGAGUGUCCCCAGACCACACCGCGAAACACCCCACCAUGCCCCACCAUCAUUCUCCGUACGGUUCGCCCCCGGGUGCACCGACACCAAUGGUGCAAAGAACAGCGGCUGUUAACAUAAUCCAGCACGAAAGUCUCCCACCGACCGGAAACACCAAAUCCACCGAGCACCACCACCAGCAAUCGUCACCCCAUCAAACGCAACCCCUAGCGGCGGGGCAUCCACACCAUCACCAUCUCGGUAAAUCAUUGCCCUCGGUCAGCAUGCCCGACCUUAGCUCACCGAAAGGGGCCGACUCCAAGAGUGAACCUUCGUCCUCCACCCGCUCCACACCGACCAGCGGCACGCCGGUGUCAUCGAUUGCACCCGCCACCGCCCAGAUGCCAUACCUUCCGAAACACUGGAUCUGGAACACGAGUCUGUUCUACGCAGCGAACCGUGGAGUGGGACAGCACACGUCGGGAGCAGAUCCUUCGAGCGCUACAUCGGCAGCAGCGGCGGCGGCUGCGGCAGCCGCAGCAGCAGCUGCAGCUGCCUUUCCCCAUGGGUACUUCACGUACGGCAAUCCUUUCGGAGGCGGAGCAGCAUUCCAGGGUCAAAUUGAACCGAGCUUGCGUAGUGACACGACUGCUUCGAAUGCUUCGUCCUCGCCGGUACAAAUCACCGACGUUAACAGUGACGACUCUUCGGACAACCACGACGAUCUGAGGACGUCCAUCUCGAAGAAGCGCAAUCCGUACUCCAUCGAGGAGUUGCUGAAGAAGCCUGAAAGCAAGAAACAGAAGAUCGACGAUCGAGUUACCAUCACCUGCGUUUCGGAUGCUUCCGGCAAGGUUCAGACCGAGUCGCUGCUCGAUGACAAAUACCACUACCACUGCUCACCGUCUGUGUCACCGUCCAAGUCGUGUCCGUCCCCUGCUGCCACGCCGGUCACUGCGGUGCGCUGCAAAUCGUCCUCCGACUACCGUUCGUCCUCAUCGCCACAGUCGGUCGGAGAGGACUCGGAAGGCUGCAGCAUCGUUUCGGCGGUCGUCCGCUCCAAGCUGACCGAUACCAAUAGUGAAAAUAGCAUCAACAUUGAAAUUUGUGAUUAA